AUGUUGUACUGGGUUGGCGUCUUCCGGCCGUCAAGGUUUCUCGUCAGUGUCUGUGCCUUCAUAGGACUUGUGGCAGCUAUCCUGAUCCAUCUGGAAGUGCUCGCGUCUCCGCUGGAGGCAGUGAUCGUCGCUUUACUCCUCGGUUUCGGGGUGGUAACCUUCCGUGCGUUCUGGGAUCACGUCACCGAGGAUUGCUUCGAGCAAAACGGCCAAAAUGAAAGCGUCGUCGAAUUCAUGUCGUUCUCGCAUCUAGCGGUGUCCGUGGUGCUCAACGUCCUCUGCGUCGCGCUCGUCGCUGCCCGGGGCCGUGCCGACCACCACUGGGCCCAGGUUAGCACCAUCGUAUGCCUACUCUCAAUGCUGUACAUGGCCUGUGCGGGUGGUCACAUCUAUGACGCACUCGUGCAUCAUAACUAUGAGCAAGAGAACGCAGCUGUCGAACUUGUCAUCAUCUACGACACGUGGUUCCCGUUAGCAAUGAACCUGCUGCUUCUCGCUCGUUUGGCUGGCGCCCAGGCCUUUUUCUUGCAGCGAAUCGUCUGGGAACCCUUCGCGUUCGCUGAAAGGGUGCUCGAAUGGACUACACUUUUGACGCAAAGGCAGUUACAGUUUCAGCUGGGGCGUAAUUUCUUCCUCCGGCUUCUGCAGCAAUCCGCGCACGCAUCCAGUCAACAGAUCAUGCGUGCGCUCGAAGUUGUCAUGCGUGCUGCGCGCCAAGGCGACUUUCACCUCGCCCUCCAUGUAGGGUGUAUCGUUGCCGGGUUCCUGCUUACGUCCGUUUACAUCGUGGCGGUGUUGCCGGUGCUUGCCCGCUGCCACGGCAAGUUCGCAGCAGCGUCCGCAGAGGAGGCACGGCUCGCUGGUGCUUUGAAGACGCCUGCUGGGGCGUUGACACCAGCCAAGGCGGCAUCUACAGCGCGCACACCAGCAACGACAACGACGGCGCGUAAGAGUCGUCCGCGAGUGCCGACUCCGAUGACGCUGCGACGCAAGAACCUUCGUUCCCAGAGCGUGCGGCGAGGCCUCCAGUUCUAG